AUGGCUGUUAGAGUGUUUAUUGAUAGCGUAGAUUCCUACGCCGGUAAAGUGGUUAGUAAGUUAAUAUCCAAUUCCGUACCUGGGGCGACACUUGCUGAUAUUGACGAUGCUUCAGAAGGCUCACAAGCUGAUUACAACCGCAAUGAAUCCAAGGAAAAUACUUACGAAGUCAUUGGCACACUUAAGGUUGAAGGAGCAAAGAAACCGAAUUGGGUAAAAGAGAUUGUAUCGGAAUCUAAGCAGGAAGAUUUAUUCUCCGCUUUAAAAAGUUGCGAUAUUAUCGUCUAUAAUAUAUCUGAAGAUCCGUCAUUGGUCGAUCAAGCAUCCUGGGCGGUGUCUGCAUUACACGCAGAAAUAGAAUCCUUUACCAGAAUGAAAACUUUUAUCUGCAUAUCAAAUGCUAUGACUUGGGCUCGUACUCGACCAAUUGAUCUCGAUGAUCCGGAAGUACCUUUUACUGAAGAUGACUACCGAAGACGUAAGCCACAUCAAAAUUAUAAGGCUGAAAUUAGUCUAGAGAAGCUGGUUGUUAAGCUAGGAAAAACGAAUAAAGAGCUAUUUUCAACGUUUAUUAUAAUGAGUGGGAUGCUGUAUGGAUGUGGAGAAAGUUUAUUCCAUUAUUUAUUUAAGGCUGCAUGGUUAAAUCAUCCAUAUUUGCAAUGCUAUGGAAAUGGUCAAAAUGUUAUCCCAACCAUCCACGUCAAAGACUUAGCAAGUAUCAUUUUGAAUGUUAUGGAUGGUAACCCACGAGUGAAAUAUAUAAUAGCCGUAGAUGAUUCACAAUCUACACUUGAGGAAAUUGUUCGGGCCGUAAGCAUAAAUUUAGGAUCAGGUAAAGUCAAGAAUGUCACGAAAGAAGAGGCCAUUUCGGAUAAAAAUAUUGAGAAAGCGGAUUUUGACAAAUUAUUAGUCAGCUUGCGAAUGGAAUCGACAACUGCAAAGGAUUUAAACGUUGAAUGGGUGGCCGAAACUGGCUUAGUGGAUAAUAUUGAGGGUGUCAUCAGAGAAUACAAAGAAGAAAGAAAAUUAUUUCCUUUACGUAUGUUUGUGUUUGGACCUCCAGCUGUUGGUAAAUCUACUAUCGUCGAACAGCUCUGUAAACAUUACAAAUUACAUCACAUCAAAAUGACUGAGGUCAUUCAAGAUGCUAUUUCUGAGUUGGAGCGUAGCGCUGCCAGAGCAGAUAUUGAAAAUGAAGAUGAAGAAGAUGAUCAGAGAGCUCAGGAAGAUCAAGAAUUAUUGGAAGCAUUACAAGAGAACAGAGAGCAGAACAAUGGACGAUACGAUGAUCAAUUUGUUGUUCGGUUUUUUCGUCAAAAGUUAAAAUCGAUGCCAUGCCAAAAUCAGGGCUUUAUUAUAGAUGGCUAUCCUAAGCUGUAUUCGCAAGCUCAAGAGUUAUUUGCAUCUGAAGAAGACGAGGAUGAUACUGAAGAAAAUUUACCUGAAUAUGAUGCCUCUAUCAUGCCAGAGUUUAUCAUCUCGCUUGAUGCAUCGGAUGAUUUCUUAAAGAAUCGAGUCAUCAAUUUACCAGAAAAAGAAGUUCAUGGCUCUCAUAAUACCGAAGAAGGACUUAAAAAUAAGCACUAUUAUACAGGAUUAAUCAGAAGAUUAGCUCGAUACAGAGCAGAAAAUACGGAAGAUGAAACUGUGUUGAAUUAUUUUGAUGAGCUUGAAAUUCAUCCGGAACACUUUGAUGUCACCGAUGAUGAUUCUCCUAAAGCUUUGAACACUGUCAAAGCAAUUAUAAAGCUUAUUGGAGAGCCACGAAAUUAUGGUCCAACUGCCGAAGAACUAGAAGAAAUUAAACGUCGAGAAGAGGAAGAAAGAGAAUUAAGAGAAGCACAGGAAAAGAUUGAACGAGAAGAAAAAGAAGCCAGAGAAGCAGAAGAACGAGCUAUACGACAAACCGAAUGGAAACAACGAUUAGACGAAGUUAGAAAACAGGAAAAGGAAUUGAUUGAUACCCGGUCAAUUCCGUUAAGAAAUUAUUUGAUGAAACAUGUUAUGCCAACAUUAAGUGAAGGUUUAAUUGAAUGCUGCAAGUCCAGACCAGAUGAUCCUGUUGACUUUUUGGCUGAAUAUUUGUUGCAAAACAACCCAGUCAUCGAUUGA